AUGUCACUCCAACAAAAUUUUGAUGACUUCUCCGCGUUCCACGAACACGUAAUAAAUAGACUUAAGAAGCAAGAAAACUUUUCCACGUCUGCUGUAACCCUUACUACCUCUACUUCUAAUGCAAACGACAAAAGAAAAGAAAAGCCUAUUAUUAAUAACAAAGUUAUAGUUUGCAAAAGAAAUAGCAAUAAAUAUUGGUUCGGAAUUACACCCUCGGGUCUACUUGAACAUGCCGCUUUGCUCACCUCCCAGGCAACUUUAUUGACUGCUAAUUUCUUAGCACACCAUUUAACGGGUCCGAGAAGACCUUCAUGGCCCGUACAAGUCACGUUAAUGUCCUCUUUUAUGAGAAAUCUUUCGAAACAUACGCACCUUGCUAGCGUACAACUACUACGCCGUGUUACCGAGGUUCCUAAUCCCUUAAUACCCUCAGAUAUUGUUGUCACCCCUGUGACUUUCCCUGUUUAUAAUCGCGGAUUAUGCGAUAUUCUAAGGGAACAUGAUCAAAAAGAAAACGGAACACGUGAAAUUGACGGUGAAUGGGUAGUGCCAAAAACUUUAUUGAGUAAAAUCAAUCAUGAAUUUCAAAUGAACUCUUCAAACCAAAAACUCUUUUGGAUUGAUGAGAAUAAUGUGAAAUGGUCAAACGAAAAAGUUAUUUUGGCUAUUCACGGUGGUGCUUAUUAUUUAAUGUCAACUAGAACACAUCGAGAUUUAAACUAUCGAUUAUCAAAGUCAACAGGAAGAAGAGUGUUUGCCAUUAAUUAUAGACUAGCUCCCGAAGGUCCAUUCCCUUGUGGCUUCCAUGAUGUUGUACAUUCAUAUUUGUAUUUGACCGAUCCGAAUGGGCUAGCAAUUCAACCUCAAAAUAUUGUAGUAGCAGGAGAUAGUGCUGGUGGUGGUUUAACUUUGGCUCUAUUAUUCUAUCUUCGGGAUCAUGGAAUGCCACUUCCUGGAGGAACAUUAUUAUUUUCGCCAUGGGUUGAUCUGACAAUGAGUUGCUCUAGUUGGGAACUUAAUAAACCGUACGAUAUUGUUUUUAAACCAGCAGACGAAGAUCCAUUACAUCCAGCAAGACUUUACCUGGAUCCUUUCGAGGAACGAUCACAUCUACUCACUCAUCCUUAUGUGUCGCCAUUGUUUGGUGAUAUGAAUCAUUUACCUCCGUUACUAAUACAAUGCGGAGAUUCUGAAGUUUUAAGAGAUGAAAUUAUAUUAUUGGUUAAUAAAAUAGAAAAGACAGGCACAACAUUUGUUCAACACGAAAUAUACGAGGAUAUGAUUCAUGUAUUCCAAACAUUUGGUUUUCUGGAGCCUGCUCAAAAAGCAGUUGACGCCGCUGGUUACUGGGUUAAGAAUGUCCUACCAUUACAUCAAAAAAACAUUAAUCUGCUUCAGAAGACAUCGCAUUCAAGUACAUUUUCAGGACCUUUGAUUUCGAAUUCCUUAUAUAGAGACAAUUUAAGAUCGACACAAUCAACUCCCACAAUGCUUGUAACUGAGGAUACUGCAAGUUUCGAAGACGAAGUCGUUCUUUUAGAAGAAGCCACACAUCCAGAAGAAUCACCGAGCGAAGAGAAUAAUAAACUAAGUGGAAUGAUUUUCUUUGGACCAUCGGAACCAUUACCUACUAAAUGUGACAAAUCCACUUCCACCGAGGAAGAUGGUAUUACCAUCGCACAAACGAGAACAUCAAGUCCACUUAUAACGUCCAACGAGGAGGAUGAAUUCAAACAAGAUCAUAUUAGUUUCAGACCUCGAAGACGUUUCCGAUCUUCUAGUCAUCCCGAAUUACGACAAUUAUAUACAAUGUUUGUGCAAAAUAUGCCUACUCCCGAAGUAUGUUCGAAAAAUUCAGAAAUGUGUGAUGACCAUAAUCCACAGCAACAAUCUAGUACCAAAAAAAUGAUUGACGUUGCCGUUAUUCGUGAUCCCAAGGAAUAA